GUGAGUGUUGGUUGAGUCCGCAGAGCACAGUUGCCGCCAUCAUGCUGAACAGCGGAGGGAUCGGGGUGCCUCUGGGUUUCCCCUUGACGCCGACUUCGGUUAUCCAGGUCACUAAUUUAUCUUCAGCGGUCACUAGUGAGCAGAUGCGUCUCUUCGGUUUCUUAGGCGACAUCGAGGAGUUGCGACUCUACCCUCCGGACAACGCACCACUCGCUUUUUCCUCCAAAGUAUGUUAUAUUAAGUUUCGGGAAUCUUCAAGUGUUGGUGUGGCCCAGCAUCUAACAAACACGGUUUUUAUUGACAGAGCUCUGAUAGUUGUGCCCUGUGCAGAAGGUAAAAUUCCAGAUGAAGCCAAAGCCCUCUCUCUCUUGGCUCCUGCCCCUACAAUGACAACCCUGAUGUCUGGUGGAGGAUUGCUUCCUAUACCAACACAAAGUCAUUUGAGCCAGCUCAGUGUUUCCCUUAGCCCACUGGGAGCUAUACCUGCAGCAGCAUUGGAUCAUAAUAUUACAGCCAUUGGAGACAUACCCCAGCCACCAAUUAUGGGCAAUGUGGAUCCUUCAAAGAUUGAUGAAAUUAGGAGAACUGUGUAUGUUGGAAACUUGAACUCUCAGACUACUACAGCUGAUCAGCUGCUUGAGUUUUUUAAGCAAGUUGGAGAAGUCAAGUUUGUACGGAUGGCAGGAGACGAGACUCAGCCGACACGCUUUGCUUUUGUGGAAUUUGCUGACCAAAAUUCUGUACCUCGAGCCCUUGCCUUUAAUGGUGUUGUGUUUGGAGACAGGCCACUAAAAAUUAAUCACUCCAACAAUGCAAUAGUGAAGCCUCCUGAAAUGACACCACAAGCAGCUGCUAAGGAGCUGGAAGAAGUAAUGAAAAGAGUACGGGAAGCUCAGUCUUUUAUAUCGGCAGCAAUUGAACCAGAGUCUGGAAAGAGCAGUGAAAGAAAAGGUGGUCGAUCGCGUUCCCAUUCACGUUCAGAAUCCAGGUCUAGUUCAAAAUCUCGAAGGAAAAGAUCGCGCUCCCGCAGGAGUAGAUCCAGUUGCAGAUCACGCUCUAGUCAGAAGGAGAGGCACCGCUCCAGAACUCCAACCAAAAAGCGUUCAAAAUCUAAAGAUCGACGAAGGUCCAGAAGCCGUUCCCGUUCUCGUGAAAAGAAGAAAGAAAGCAAAGAGAGAAUCAGAGAAAAAGAAAAGAUCAGAGAAAGAGACCGAGAUAAGGACAAAGAGAAGGAUCGGGAGAGGGACAAAGACAAAGAAAGGAGCAGAGACAAAGACAGGGGCAGAGAUCGAGAACGAGACAAGGAAAAGACCAAGGACAGAGACAAGGACCGUGCAAAAGAGAAAGAGAAGGACAGAGAGAAGGAAAAGGGCAGGGAUAGAGAGAAGGAACGGGAAAAAGACAAGGAGAAAGCUUUAGCCCCAGAAAAAGACAAGGUGGAGGAGCUGGAAAAAGAAGAAAGAAGAAAGAAGGAGAAGAGAUCAAGGACCCCUCCCAGAAGCUACAGUUCAUCAAGAAAGUCACGUAGUUCCAGCAGGGACAGACGAAAAAGGAAGAGCCGAAGUCCCUCAAAGUCUCCAAGACCUUCCAAAACCACAAAAAGGAAAUCUUCACGGUCACCAUCUCCAAGGAGAAACAAGAAAGACAAAAAGAGAGAGCGAGACUCCAGUAAUGACAGGAGAGAGAGGGAGCGCUCUACAUCCAAGAAAAAGAGCAGCAAAGACAAAGAUGGUAAAGAAAAGUCUGAGAAAACCACAACGUUGAAGGAUAAAGAUCUGAGUAAAGAGAAUCAACAGUCUGAAACUGACAAAGUCGAGGAGGAGGAUACAGGAGUGGCGGAAGAAGUCAAGCUACAGCAGAAUGGGAACUGUCAACCGAAUGAAGAAAACCUCUCAGUUAAAACAGAGGAAGUAUAAGCAAUUAAUUGGACCUCUGACCUAUCUGUGGAAGGAAAUACAAAGGUUCUUCUGUCUCCCCCUCUCCUCCCUCCUCAUGUCUCAAGCAAGGAUAAACUGUACCGAGCAGCCCACCGGACACAUUCUGUUGUGCUGCCAGUUCUUCUGGUUAUUGUGUUGGGUUGGUGAUCUUGAAGACAACCGAGAAGCAGCACUCACCAAUAGCAUACGUUGCGACAAAAGACAGUGGCCUCACACCUGAUCAAUUUGUAGGGAUUCUUGUGUUUCUAUGAUGAUAAGAUUGGCCAUCAGCUGUUACAAAUAAGUGGAAGUAUGUAAUCUGUAGCAACCAGAAAAGCUGCCGGUGUGGAUUGGAAGUUGAUAAACUAUUGGUAGUUCAACAAAUUUUAUGUUUUACUUUGUGAGUUUUUAAACUAAACUCCAUGUGAUCUGUUUUGAUAAUGUGCUUGAAAAUGGUGCAGAAAUACACUUGCUUCCUUUAUUGUUGUAAAUGACAGUGAUGAAAAGUUUUAAUCUAACAACACCGUUUUACAGUUAUUGUGUUUAUGCCCACGAAAGCUAGUGAAGAUUCUUUUCUUUGUUGCUUGUGACUUUUUUCUUUUUUAUAUUUUAAGAAAUUUCCUUACAAAUAGCUCUAAAAUCUUUCUCUUACUAGUAGACAGUCAAUGCAUGCUAAUGUUCUGAUUCUAGAAAGAACAGCCAUGUUAAUACUGGAUUUCCAUUCUUCCAACUAUAAGCACAUCUGUGUAGUAAUCUCUGAACAACUGGCUUUGUUUUGAGCUGUAUUGCCAUGUGCUAGGCACAUGCAAAUAGGGCAGAUACCUGUGAAGAUAAUAAAUGUUUGCUUUCAAACUGGGAUAUGAGAGCACAAGCUGAUGUUUUAGUGCCUUCUUUGAAACGCAGAGUACUGAUUUCUGGAAAUGUGUGCUUUAUAAUCCCAUAUUUGUUGAAUCAUUCUUGAUUGUGUCUUGAUAAGAAUGUGAGAGGUCUGUCAGCCUUUUCGGUCCUUGGGUUGUUCAGUAAUACAUUGAUUUGUUUCAAUGGAAAAAUGGCACAAUGGAAAUCAAUGUUCAAGGGUACUCAUAAGACAGGCACGAUUCAGUUAUUCUAUAAAUUGCUGUACUGUAUGCCACUUCAGUAUGCCAAGUCAGUGAGCUGAAGAGUUCUGAAUAGUAUUUAAUUGUACCUGGGCUGUGGAUUGCACAGAGCAUCUAAUGCUGCAGUCAAAAGAGGCCCUUUGUGUUUAUCAUCCUUUUGAACAUCCCUAACAUUUUUCCUUAUUUCUGAUACCAGUUGUGUAACAUGAUGGAAAUGGAACAGAGUCCACUUUGCUUGUUGGGAAAUAGCCCAACAGAGAACAGGACAUGGGUAGCUGCAACCCCUUGCUGACCCCUCCCUUCAUCUUUGGAAAAGUGGUGGCAGAAGGAAACAGGCCUUCCACUAAAACCAAGACCUAUUUUGAAAACAAUACAAUCAAAUUGCCUUACCUUGCAGGAAAGAGUUAUUUCAGUUUAAUAGAAAAGCAGGUAGUGUAUUAAUGAUUUACUUUCAAUUUGUGUUUUCCAAAUUGCAGUUAAUAAUUAUAGAAAUAUGAACAUUUUUUGGUGAAUG